ACGCGCGGAAUUUGAUAACACGUUAACUGCGGAUGUUGAGAUUGUUCCUUAACGUUUAUUUUACUGUCUAUGGUUACAGCUUACACGUUUUGUUGUUUAGUAGUAGUAGCAGCCACUGUUUAACAUUGGUUAAAUCAUCAGCUGUGAGCUGGACAGAAGGGGAAAAAACAGCUUAAAGAUGUGUUGCUCUUUUCCUGCUCGCGGUUAAUGGCUAGCGACGUUCGCCAAAUGAAAAGUGAACAUUGGGAAGUCAAAACUAACUUAGGGCCAAUUUACCUUAGUCAUGGAGGCGAGAGAUCACAAUGUUCUCAGCUGCUUACAGAGGUUAGAGAUGGGAGCCCUUGGUUUCCAAAGUCGAGAUCCAGAGGAGGUACUGAAGAAGGACAGACUACAUCAACUAAAGUGCAGAGCAUUGUCUCUCCGAAUGCAAAGAAACCAACUCAAAGCUCAAAUUCAGAAACUCAAGGAGGCAAAGGCUGCACUGGAUGAUGGGAUUACUAUGGAUGGUAAUGACGUGGAAAACAGAGUCAAUAGUUCCCAACUCGCCCUACCACUGCUGAUGUCUCGUCACACUCAGUUGAAGGAUAUGCUCAGAGCCCAUCACCUCAUUGGUGGGUAUGAUGUAGUAGAGGUGGAUUCUGGCAAGCGUGUUAGCUUCUCCUUAAGCACAGCCUAUGAGGACACUUACCUCGACACCUACCACUUGGAACUGGACCUAACCCGGGGUGUGCGCAUCCACCGCCAUGACAUCCCACCUUUCAUCCCACUGAAAACACUGGCCCAAGAGAACCUUGAGACUGACCUGCCUGGCUUUCUUCACUCACUCUGGCAGCAUGUCAAUGGACGGGCCAGCCGACAGUAUCAACUCAAACUCAUAAAGGAACAGAUGGAGACUGUGAGUGUGAUGGAGACCAACCCACUGUGCUCCGUGCUGGUGCUGAUGUGUAAGAUUCCAGGAGAGGAGGACACAGCCGUCCUUCUUUCACUGCUUUAUGGAGAUCCACUCAAAGCACUACCCACUCGGGUUACCUUGGAGUCCAACAACAAAUUGCUGCCAGAUGAACCACAGUGGAAGGAGGUCAAGUCUCUGUUCCUAAAAACUCCCCCUCACAAAGUCCUUCUGGCCCUGAGGAGCGAAGGGCGGAUAAUGUAGACUUUAGCCCACACCUUGCCCACUCGGUCAUUACUCCUCCCACAUUGUCAAAGAACUAUGAAUGAGGCAAUGUUGAAGUGACUAUGGGCAAGAUACGGAUGAAUGAGGAAGAAAAUGGAGAUGUGAUGAAGAUGCUUGUAAAUAGUUCCUGAGCUAGGAUUGUGUUCAUAUUUUUCUUCCCCUUUUAUUUGAACACCUCUUGUUAUAAUCAAUAACAGCAGCAAUACAAAAAACGAAUCCGACCAGAUAUUUCAGUUACAUUUUAUCUGAUUUGGUUAAGCAAUAGCGCAGGUUGAUUAAGACCCAGCUCAUUGUUUACCAGUAUUUGCUAAUUGUGUAAUGAGCUCA